CCCCGCCAUGAAGCACUGCUUCUACAACGAGACCCUCGGCUUCUUCUACAACAACAGCCGCAAGGAGCUCAGCCCCCACUGGCGCCCCAAGGACAUCCUGGUGGUGGCCCUGGGCCUGGCGGUCAGCGCCGUGGUCCUGCUGACCAACCUGCUGGUCAUCGCCGCCGUGGCCACCAACCGCCGCUUCCACUACCCCAUCUACUACCUGCUGGCCAACCUGGCCGCCGCCGACCUCUUCGCCGGCGUGGCCUACAUGUUCCUCAUGUUCCACACCGGGCCCAGAACCGCCCAGCUGUCCCUCAAGACUUGGUUCAUCCGGCAGAGCCUGCUGGACACCAGCCUGACGGCCUCGGUGGUCAACCUGUUGGCCAUCGCGGUGGAGCGGCACCGGACGGUGUUGACCAUGCAGCUCCACAGCGAGAUGUCGGCGCAGCGCGUGGUGGGGUUGAUCUUCUCCAUCUGGGCGGCGGCGUUGUUGUUGGGGUUGAUCCCGUCCUACGGUUGGCACUGCCUGUGUUCCUUGGAGAGUUGUUCCAGGAUGGCGCCGCUCUACAGCCGGAGCUACCUGACCUUCUGGGCCGUGUCCAACCUGGCCGUGUUCCUGGUGAUGGUGGUGGUCUACGGGCACAUCUUCGUCUACGUGCGCAGGAGGAUGGCGCGCAUGGCGCGGCACACGGGCGCGCACCCGCGGCACCGCGACACCGUCAUGGCGCUGGUCAAGACCGUCACCAUCGUGCUGGGUGGGUGGUUAAUUAGGGGUUAAUUGGGGGUUUGUUGGGUUGGUCAUCAUCAUCCUUGGUGGGUUAUUAAUUAGGGGUUAAUUGGGUUGGUCUUCAUCAUCUUUGGUGGGUCAUUAAUUAAGGGUAAUUAGGAAUAAAUGGGCUUGGUCAUUAUCAUCCUUGGUGGCUUGGUCAUCAUCAUCCUCUGUGGGUCCUUAAUUAGGGGUUCAUAUUAAUUAACUAAUCAACUAAUUAAUUAAUGAUUCCAUGCCCAACCCAUGGAUCCCAACAAAAUCAACCCCAGGCGUUCGGUCAAGACCACAAAUCCCAUUCCAACGCCUCAAAUUCCCGUUUUUUCCCAUUUUUCCCAUUUCUUUCCCCAUUUUUCCCAGUUUUUUCCCAUUUUCCCCAUUUC